AUGGAAGAAAGAGGAUGCAAGCCAAACAUAGUUUCUUACAACACCAUUAUCGACGGGCUUUGCGAGGACACACUAAUUGAUGUAGGAUUGAAGCUUUUUUCUGAAAUGAUCAGUAAGGAUAUUGCUCCAGAUGUUGUCACUUACACAUCACUGAUUGACGGACUUUGCAAACUUGGCCAGUGGCAAGAAGCUACAAGGUUGCUGGAGCAAAUGCUGAGUAAAAGCGUCUCCCCCGAUGUCAUCACCUUCAAUAUCUUUGUUGAUACAAUUUGUAAGGCAGGGAUGGUCGUGAAAGCUAAAAGUGUGCCUGACAUGAUGAUGCAAAGACAUAUUGAGCCUGAUACAGUUACAUAUUGCUCUCUUAUGGACGAUUAUUGUAUGAGAGGAGAAAUGGAUAAAGCGAAAGAAGUCAUUGAUCUUAUUAUUAGCAAGGGCUCCAUGGUUGAUGGUCAUAGUUGUAACAUGUUAAUUAACGGAUAUUUCAAGGCUAAAACGAUUGAUCAGGCUACAAAAAUUUUCAAGGAAAUGCAUAGUUUGGAAGUCGUUCCUGAUACCAUAACUUUUAACACCCUCAUUGAUGAUCUUUGCAAAGCUGGGAGAAUUGAAGAUGCAGAACAGUUGUUAUCCAAGAUGCAAAGUUGUGGCCAGCUUCCGGAUGAUUCAUGGACUUUGUCACCAUGUCUUGAUAAUUGA